AUGAAAGAUUACCUACGGCAUACCCUGGUGGGAUUAGGGCUAACUGGCCUAAGCCUUGCCGGUGUCGUACAAAGAGACAUUGAGGUUAUACGGUUUCAUAGUCCCGGGGGUGUAACUGCCGACUCGUUGCACAACAUCCAUGUCGAGUUCUUAGAUGGCCAAUUUGAAGGUCAUCUGCAGCUCGUCUACGGAGAAUGCGGGAUCGAAGAUCCGAUGCAGAGCCACCAUGAGAUCGGAAGCACGUUCGUGAAACGUGAAGCACACCCGCAGCGUUUCGUUUGGGCUACACCACCUGACGCACCCCAUUCACACUGUCUACAUGCUUUCUCCGGAUCAAGGCUGAUGGGCCGUUCCUCGCCCAUUAUGGUGUCAUCACCGAUCAAGAAGCGAGAGAGUAUCGCCGAUGUGGCAGAUGCCAUGGGCCCUUGGUUCGAUGGAGUUGCCUACAUGAAGUCAAAGAAGAACAACAAGGCAUUCGUCUCCAAGGCAAAGAGUCACUCUGUUGCCAUUCUCGGUGGUGGAAUGUCUGGCUUGAUGACGAGUCUGCUGCUCGAGUCUGUUGGCAUUCAUAACUGGCAUAUCUACGAAUCAUCUCAACGUGUUGGCGGCCGCAUCCGCACGAAGUACCUGAACAACACGACUCCCGACCAGUACCAGUACCAGGAAAUGGGUCCCAUGCGUUUCCCUGUCAGCAUCACAUAUGCAGAUACCAAUGACACCCUCGAAAUCCAAGAUCACCGGAUGGUAUUCCAAUUGGCUGGUGUUCUCAACGAGAUGAACAAGCACAAGCCGGAACUUCAAGUCAACUUUAUCCCCUGGAUCCAGAGUAGCCCCAACGUCCCCGCAGCAUCUGGUGGCAACCGUCUACCAAAUGGCCAAAUUCCCAGUGCUGCUCAGGUUGCUGCCAACUCAUCUCUCGUUUACACUGCUGCAUCAUCAAACGAGACAGCUGCUGCAGAGGCGGAAUCUGACUAUGAGGACUACACUACCCUUAACGACAGGGAAACCAUUCGCAAAAUCGCAAACAACAUGUACCAAGCUCACAAGCAGGCCGUUGAAGAUGGCAUGUUCCACUGGUCCGAGGCCGGGUAUUUGCGAUACGCAAUGGGCUACGAUGCCAAUAUCACCGACUAUGUUGCUGGCACCACCGACUCUCCAAUUUGGGGCGAUUUCUACGACGACGUCUACUUCGCAGCAACCAAGUGGCGCACCAUUGACAAGGGCUUGGAGUCCUUGCCACGUGCCUUUUACCCUCACGUCGAGGACAAGUUGACUCUUAACCGCACAGUUCAAGGCCUCAUUUACAAUGAAACCUCUGGAAAGAUCGCCGUCGCAUGGCGCGAUGAUCCCCUGCAAAUGAUCCCGGAAACCAAGGAAUACGAUUACGCUGUUGUGGCUACACCUUUCAGCAAAGUCAGACUGUGGGAUCUCCCCCGGUAUUCCUCCCUCCUCAGCCGCGCCAUUUCAUCACUGAAUUACGACCCAGCCUGCAAGAUGGCUCUUCUCUACAAGACCCGCUUCUGGGAACAUUUGGAAGAGCCCAUUUUUGGUGGCUGUGGCUCAGUCGAUGUAUCAGGCGUCGGAAGCGUUUGCUACCCAUCUUAUAACAUGAACGGCACCGGACCAGGCGUUAUCCUGGCCUCGUAUAUCUCCGGCACACCAGCGCGCUCCACUGCCGCACUUAGCCCCGAAGAACACGUUGCUCUUAUUCAGCGCACUAUGGUUGAAGUCCACGGUGAGAUCGCCGCAGAACAAUUUACUGGAAUCUAUGACCGCCAAUGCUGGGAGUUUGACCAGCACCAGGCUGGUGCUUGGGCCGAUCCCCUUGUUGGUCAGCAGGAGCUAUAUUUGCCUGCUUACUAUCAGACUGAGUUCAACACUAUCUUUAUUGGAGAGCAUACUAGUUAUACGCAUGCUUGGAUUUUCUCCGCUUUAGACUCUGCUGUUCGUGGUACUACUCAGCUGUUGCUUGAUUUGGGUUUGGUUGACGAGGCGAAGUCUAUUGUUGAGACUUGGAUGGGUCGGUGGAUCAAGCUUUGA